AUGGGCUUCGCUAAGACCCUACUUAUCACGAUAACUUUUUUUGUCGCCUCGCACGUUGCUUACAAAUUUUACAAAAGAAAACCGAAAAAACGACGAGAAAUUAACGAUGUGAUCAUGUUUUCCAACAAACACUCCGAAUUUAAAUCUAGUAAGUACCUGAAGGAGCACAUGAAUGAAAGUGUCGAGAGGUUCUUAUCUUACUUGAACCGAAGUCGUCAUAGCCUCGAUAUAUGUAUGUAUGUGCUGACAAAUACUGAUGUUACAACUGUAAUAUUAAAGCAGCACCUUCGCGGUGUGGCUGUGCGUGUUAUUUUGGACGCUGACAUGGCCUUUACCUCGGGUUCCACAGUCAAAAGAUUAGAGAAGCACGGAAUCCACGUACGCUGGAUGAAGUCCACAGAUAUAAUGCACAAUAAGUUCUGCAUCGUAGAUUCCCUAGCACAGGAUGACUUGUUACCGUUUGUGAUGACGGGUUCUUUAAAUUGGACGAAUCAAGCACUAUAUAGAAAUUGGGAGAAUCUCCUCAUUACCUCUAAUAGAGAUAUUGUCAAGGUUUAUAGGACUGAAUUUGAAAGGAUUUGGCAGGAAUUUAAGCCUAUAGUAAGGAUUGGUAAAUAA